CCAGAUCUCGAGCCUUAUCGUAUAGAAGACUGAUCGAUAUAGAUUAUGCUGUCUAUCUGUAAGUCUAGCUGUGGAUACUACUUUCACACCAUCAAUAUUCAAGUACUUCUUCCAUAUACUUAGAGCUUUGACUUUUUAGCAAUCGCCUGUUUUCUAGUUCUUCUGUUGUUAUAACCAUCGCUGUGUAGGAUCACCCAAACUCCAACUCAUAAUUCAUCACAGUAGUUAGUAGUAGGCACUAGUAGUUCCUCUGAAACUGUAGAAACAUAGCAACUCUUCGCCAACUAUAUUAGCAAUAAUUAAAUAGUGAAUGAACUUCUUAUUAUAGCUACAAAGAAUAGACCAAGUCACACCUGACGCACGUUUCACCCUAUGUACCGCAAGCGCCGUAAUGAGGCCGAAGUCACGUCUACACCGAGUCACAGACACAGGCGCGAGGGCAUGUCACUACCCGUGGGCGGCUACGUCAUGUGAAUCGUAUGACGGUCAGCCUACCUCUGCCUCUGCUGCUGGCCACGCCUAUGGGCGCCAUCAGACCAGCGUUGCACGAAACAUGGUUGGAUUGUCAUGUUUUUGUUUUCGGUACAAAGUACAAAGCCAGACAUUGCCCAUUCCACUUUACUCACCAUCACAGACAAAGCAGCCGCAUAUCAAUCGCAUAAACACACCGCCGAUCAAUUCCACCGCUCCACUACCACUACCACUACCAUCCACGACGUAUUCUCUCGAAGCUCACCACACCACCAUGGCUGACGUCCCCGCACCCGUAGACAAGACACCCAUCUCCCCCGUCCGGGAGGGUCUUGAUCGUCGUAAUAGUUUGGAGAAGCAUCUGCAGCACCGCCCAGAUGUUCAGGACUUGAAGAACAGGCACAUUCUCUUGGACACAAGCACUGCCCCGUACGUCUCCGCUCCAACCUUCCUUUAUAUACUGUUUCCACCAGCUAACGUUCUUGUUGCGUUUGCUUGCAUCAGUGCGCUGCAGGCCAAAGCCCUCGAGUUGGAAAGGCAACGCGCCACAGAUAAUCUCAAGAAAGGGCUCGCCCAGCGCCCGGACCGCGACACUUUGGUCGAGCGAAACAUCCUCCCUGACUCGAAUGCUGCCCCCGCAUUGCAGGGCCACCAGAAGGAGCUCGAGAAGCACAUGCGUGCGGACAGCUUGGAGAAAGGGCUCCAGCACCGUCCAUCCCCCGAGGAGCUAGUUAAGAAAGGCAUCCUGGACGAGGAUGAGAAUCCGCUCAAGGAGUCAUAA